AAACAGUUCCUCAAAUUGUAGCUGGUUUUAUCAUCGAUGGAAUUAGCUCAUUGGCCCCAAUCACGAUGGGUGUGUUUAUUGAUUUUAUUUUUUUUUGGUUCAUUUAUCGAAUUUUACGACUAUGUCGUACAUGGCAUCAUCGACCACGUACGAAUUGCCAUUUACGACAUCUAUUAGCCAGUAGACCAAUUCAACGUUUUAUUUUAUUCAAUUGUAAUUGUCCAUGUUACAUAGCACGUCCUAAAUUGCGUUUUCUUGUACGCUUUCUGUUUAUCACGAUUAGUAUUGGUCUACGUUUGUUAGCUAUUAUUCUAUAUGCAACAGCACCAACGUAUAAUAAUUAUGAAUUUUCUAGUCGAACACAAAAACUAUCAGGGAUUUGUGCCAUGACAUUACCAUCAUCGAUACUGACUUUAUUAUUGGAUUAUUAUCAUUUUCGUGUUUGGUGGCAUUAUGUCCCAUCAUGUGAUCAAAAUCCAUUUUACAGACGUUAUUUAAAGAAACAUCGACGUUUUAUUCCAUAUCAUUUAAUGGGUGCAAAUCGAAAUGAAAUUCAAUUAUGGAAUGAACCAUGUGAAUUGGGACAAUUUUGUCUCGAUCGAACAUUAGAACACAUCAUGAUAUUUCAUUUUAAUACAUAUACACCUACGCCACGUUGGUCUGAUGUUCCAGACAAAGAUCCAUUUACUACUACAUACAUUGGUUUUCAUCGUACCGAUGCUCUAGCAGCUGUGAAUAUUGCUUAUACGGAUUUUCGUCUGAGCACAACUCCGCCACAGAUGUUAGGUUUUGGUAUUUAUUUCGCUCGUUCAAUUUUUCAUACCCAGUUUAAAGCAAGACGAGAUGGUGCUGUCAUAUGUGCUGAAAUUCUUAUGGGUCGCGUACUUGAAAUAGAAAAUGAUGAAUUAGAAAAUGUAUCAAAUACCGAUGCAUGGCAUCAGACUUUUGAUACAAUAUAUUACCGACAUCCAACACAACCAUUACGAGAUGAGUUUUGCAUUAAAAGUAAUCAGCAAAUAUUGAAAUGGGUUAUGUGCAUUGAACAACCAUAUGAUACCAAUGUAGUACAAUAUGGGUUGCUCACAGAGUUUGCUGAUACUCAAUGUGGUUGUAUUUAA